AUGGCAGAGGAAGAUGCCAAGCACGGGCGCCUGCGCCCCUCCGAUGCCGACGUCACACGGGAGCUCACCUCUCCAGCCUCAGCAGCAUCUCCACAGGAAGAUCCACCACUCUCACCCGACGCACAAGCUCCAGACGACUGGGAUCACUUUGGGGAUCCCGUAGUGAACCGCAAGGACUACAAGGGCAAAGGAAAGGCGCCGCUCCGUCCCACCAUCUCCCAUACUACCACAGGUACCUCCAUGGCAGCCGACUUCUCCGAGGGCCGUCUGGAGACGACGGUCGGGAGUCCGCAAAAGGAGCUGGCCGGCACGAAAGAUGCCUAUGUCUCUUAUCUAGUGACUACAAAGUCAGACUUCCAAUCCUUCCAACGACCCGAAUUCUCUGUCCGGCGCCGCUUCACCGACUUCGUCUUCCUCUGGAAACAACUCUCCAAGGAAUUUCCACAAUGCGCAAUUCCUCCCUUACCCGACAAACACAAACUCGAGUACGUCCGCGGCGACCGUUUCGGCCCCGACUUCACCCAGCGCCGCGCUCACUCGCUGCACCGCUUCCUCAAACGCAUGACCUUGCAUCCCGUACUACGCCGUGCGGCCCUCUUGAUCAUCUUCCUUGAGACUCCCGACUGGAAUCAGCAAAUGCGCGGCCGCACCAGCCGGGGCGCCUCCCUUUCCGACUCCCCCAGCGCCGCCGGCGGCACCUCCGGCGGCAUCGUCGACAGCUUCACCGAAUCCCUCCUCAACACCUUUACCAAGCCCCACAAGCCGGACAAGCGCUUCAUCGAGGUCAACGAGCGCGCCGCCAAACUCGCCGACGACCUGUCCAACGUCGAAAAGGUCACGCAGCGUGUCGUCCGCCGCGAACACGACCUCGAAGACGACUACACGGACCUGGCCGUCCAGUGCCAGAAGCUCAUCUCCCUCGAGCCGGGCGUCGAAUCCACGCUCACGAGUUUUGCCAGCUCUGUAGCGACGACGAGCCAGGGCUUGAAAGCGCUGAAGGAGCACACGGACCAGGACUACCUAACGUCUCUGAGAGACAUGGACGCCUACAUCCAAGCGGUGAAGUCCCUACUCAAGACGAGAGAAAACAAACAACUCGACUUCGAGGCGCUAACCGACUACCUCGCCCGCACCGCCACGGAGCGCGACGCCCUUGCCUCGGCGGCCCCCGGCACCUCCGGCCUGGGCGCGUCGGGCUUCCUGCGCUCCAAAGUGGAAGACCUGCGCGGAAUCGACCACGAGCAGUCGCGGCGGCAGCGGCUUAGGAAGCUGGAAGUCGAGAUCGAGCGGCUGACGAACGAGGUGGAGCAGGCGAAGAAGACGAGCGAGGCGUUUGAUGAGCAUACGGUCAAGGAGGUGAAGGAUUUUGAGAGGAUCAAGGCGUUGGAGUUUCGGGAUACGUUGGGGGCGUUGGCGGAGAGGAAUGUCGAGUUUUUCAAGAGGACGGUGGAGACGUGGGAGGGGUUUUUGGAGGGGUUGGAGAGGGAGGAGGAGGAGAGGAGGAGGGAGAGGGAAAACGAGAGGCAGGUACAGGUAACGGGGUCCGGUGGGGAGAGGAGUGAGGGUGGGGAGGUGGUGGCUUAG